AAUAAUACAUACAGCACAACCCUACCUUAUAAUAUACUCACCCGAUCCGCAAUCCUCGACACCUUACCCUCUUUUACGAUUCGACCCGACGAAUUCUUGAUGAAUGAACAAAAGUCGUUUUGUUUCUUUCACUUAUUUAUAAUACGGUUAUUCUUCUUCUCCGACAUUGCUACUUACUUCUCGUUUACAUUUUUAUUUCAUGGACUACUUUUCUUUGACGGCUCUCACAUCACGAUACCAAUCACUCACUCUACCUCGUUCGACGACAACAACAACAACAACAACAACAACAACAACAACAACAACAACAGACAAAAAUUUUGUUUGUCUGUGUUUCUCGAACUACGAAUGGAUCCAUACAUACAUACAACAUGCAACAUACUUACAUACAUACAUACUCGCUCUGUCACAUACAUUACACACAUACAUACGCGCACUCUCGCUUCAUCUUUAAUACAUACCCUACAUACACCCACUUCGGCUCUUUCUCUCUCAAGAUGGAAAACGUGUUUAUAUGCCUGUCACCUGCCCACUCUCGAUGCAGACACGGAUACACAGAUACACGAUGGAUGUAUACACACAUCCAUAUCUACCCAUAUCCCUUUGAAAACUCCCAAUGUACGGAAUUGGCAGUUUGAGGGAGUGUCACCAGUCAGGUCUAACACACACAUACAUAUCCAUACACCCAUACAUAAUCCCUCUCACUAUAUAACUCCGCCCACUUUUGAACUUUCAUUCCCAAAUCAAUUUCCUUGUCUUGUCUGGUCUAUCUCUCUCUCUAUACAUCUGCUGGCCCUUCCCUUUGAUAUUUUCCUUUGCUGUCUGUCUUCGCCCAUCUGCUUCUGGUUUCUGCUACACUGCACACAGCACACUGCACACUACCUAUCAUUUCCUAUAUACUAGGGACCAAACCAACUACAUACUUAAUACCUUGUUGUUGACUCUGAUACCCCUUUUAUUUUCUCUUCUAUCGUUAUCGCUGUUUUCUUUGUUGUCUGUAUGUCUGUUUCAUCUUGCGUUACUUCGUGGUCUCUCUUUUACGUUGU